UCUAUUUACAAUCGAUAUCGUUGGACUUGCCAAGCUGCACAUGUUUAAGAACAAGGGAAUCCACUAAAAUCAUUUUCUUGAGACGACACAAGGUCAGCAAUGCCUCCUAAAAACUCAAAGUUAGGAUCUGAAAUGACUCCGUCUGGUUCGGGAUCAAGAUCUUCGGAUACUUUGUCGCAGCAGAUGAGACAGAACAUCCGCAAUAUGAACGAUCUGGUGCAAGAGUUGCAGGAGAACCAAGAAAACACGGGUCAAGGGCAGCCACGCCGAAACGCCAGCCCUGAGGGGCAAGUGCGUCAGCUCCAAGAUGUGAACGCGCAAAUGCAGAAAUUCAACAAGGAACGGGAGGAUAUACUGCUCCAGCUUCAACAGGAGAUGUGCAACUACGCCACCAUUCAGGAGAAGUUCGAUGAGCAUGAAAAGUCCAUGCAGAUGAUCAUUCAAGAGCUGGAGAAUGAGAAGCAGGAACUGUACGAAGCACUUGACGACGCUUUGGCUGACAGCACUGACAAUCUCGACGAUCUGAACAAGGAAGUGAAGGAGCUCAACUUGCAGCUGGGCAACAUGUCCGAAAACAACACUUGCUCCAUCUGCCUCUUCCAGUGGUCUACAGAAGGCGAACAUUGUCUUGCGUCGCUGAAGUGCGGCCACCUGUUUGGAAGAAAUUGCAUCCGUAAAUGUGUACGCAUGAAUCGCCAAUGUCCGAUUUGCAAAAAGUUUGCUAAUUGGCGUGAUGUGCGCAAAAUUUACAGCAGUGGCAUAAUGUCAUCUAGCUCUUCAGCUCCUAGUAGCAGUGGACAAAGUACUAGUGGACACAGUGCUAGUGGAUAUGGUUCUAGUGGACACGGUACUAGUGGAUAUGGUGCUAGUGGAUAUACUCCUGCUAAUACCGGAGGUAACGCAUAUUACGACAGCGACGACAGCUACUAACAUCAGGAUUAGUUCUUAAGUCUUUUAAUGGCUUCUGGAGUUUUUUUUUAUGAAUACCCUUUGUAGUAACCAGGGAAAUAGCUUGAAAUUUUCCAUCUUAAACACAAAAUGAAUUUGUUAUUUUAAUUAAUAUGAAACAAAGAGGAAUGUAACAAAUGCCAAAUGCAUCUUUUGAAAGUUGUUCUUUUUAAAUAUUUGUCUUUUGUAAGGGCAGAUAAUUUUUGUUUUAUUUCAAACAAAUAUAUGUAUA